AUGGGUGUGCCCUCUGCACAGGGUAGGAGGAGGUGGGGACUGGCUGCACUGUGGCAGGCAGAGCAGCAGGAAAGCCCUGAGGCGCCGAGGAGGAAGAGGAGGAAGAGGAGCAGAGGAGGAAGCGCCCUCCUCUGGGCAUCAGGGAGGAGUUGCCGCGGGGGUGGAAGGCUACUCUUGGAGCUGAGGCCUGGGAGGUGGCCUGAGACCAGGUGCUGCAGGACAAGAGGGUGGCCUUGCUUUUGUAAGUGGUGGGAGCCAUGGAAGGUUAAUGAGGGGGAGCAUCUCCCACACCCCAGGCUUUGGGCUCGGUGGCUGGGAGACGGCAGGGUGGUGGGCGAGGGGGAGAGAAGCCCCGAGGAGGUGCAAUCUCAAGACCAGGGUGGAAGAGGGGUAGAGAGGGAGGCGGCAGUGCAAGCCCCCCCCCCCCCCCCGACUCCACCCUUCCCCGCCAGGCUGUGCCCUGAGUCCAGGGAAGGACUGCAGGCUAUUGGUGCACCUGUAAGAUUUUCAUCACUUUUUUUUUAUUUUUUUAUUUUUUUUUAUUUAAAAGGCAGAGUGACAGAGAGAGGGCGAGUCGGAGAGAUCUUCUACCCGCUGGUUCACUCUCCAAACGGCUGCAACAGCCAGGGCUGGGCCAGGCUGAAGCCGGGAAUCGGGAAUUCCACCCUGGGCUCCCACGUACGUGGCAGGGGCCCACGCACCUUAGCCGAGCUCCACCGCCUUCCCAGACUUUUCCCUUCUGUGUCGGGAAAUUCCCGCUGGGCGGAGAGAUCUGUCGGUGUCACAGCAGAGUCUGCUUUGUGUCCCCCCAUCCCGGGGUGGGGUCGGCGCGAGAGGCUGGAGGUCCCCCACGUUCACGCAGGGCUGGCAGCACCGAGCACGCACUCGAUCCGAGGGAAGCACCUAGCACUUGAACACCAGCGGGAUCUGCAAGACACUUGACCCGUCAAUCAAGACUGCCUGGCUGAUGACCCUGGGGGCAGGCCUUGCUGGGUGGGAUAUUAACGCAUGCAAGAGCCGUAAAUGCUGUAACCCAAAAUGCCACAGGCCCUCGUCGUAAUUGAUGACUUCCUCCUGGAUGGAUUGAAUCCAUUAAUUUCAUUGCUGUGCAGUUGACAUUAAUUUGCUUUUAUAAUUAAUUUAGCUCUGCGAGCCAUCCGGGGUGCCGGGACAUCACCAGAGGGAGAAGACGCCGAGGGAAAAGGUAACACAGGAGGAGCACACUUGAGGUCGGCGAAGCAUCCCGCUCCCGUGGGAGACAGCGGCCGCUGUGUUCCAGCAUCAUUGCACUCUCACUGGGGGGUCUUGCAUCAGAGUCUGUGUCUUAAGCAUGGAGAAUUGUGGGUGGCCCCCUCUUAGGGGGGUUCAUGGAGCUGUCAGCAGAGGACUUGGGGGGGGGCUGGGGAGAGCCAGCCGCUCACGGAGGCCGCCCGCCUCCUGCCGGUGCCCCCCCGCCUCCUCCAGGGAGCGGACCCGUCCUUUCCCGCUGGUGGGCCCUGCGCUGAGUUCCCUCCACUCACUGUCGCUGGAGGUGCUUCCCCUUCUCUUCCUAAAGAGCACCGUGGGGCGGUGCCGCGGCACAGAGGGCUAAGCCACCCGCGACGCCGCUGGAGCCCUGGCUACGCGGAUGCCACCGCAGCUCUCAGCCAGUGCACAUCCUGGGGUGUCCCCGGGCCCCUGCCGCCCACGUGGAGACUAACAUGGAGUCCCCGGCUCCUGGCCCAGCCCCGGCCAUCGUGGCCCUUUGGGGAAGGAAGCAACUGAUGACAGAUCUCCCUCUUCCUGUCUCUUCCUCUCUCUGUUGCUCUGCCUUUCAAAGUGAUCAAUCAAUCAGUCAAUCAGUGUCGGCUCUAGAAGCUGCAGCCCUGUAGCCUGGGAGGAUAUUAGGUUUGGCUCAAGUUCCUCUAUUUCCAAAAAGUGGGAGGUGGUUUGCUUGGAGAGAAUUUGUUUCUCCUCUCCCAAGUCCUUGAGUCAAGUGUAAGACUUAGCUGUUGCCUGAUUGUAAAAAUAAUAUUUGAUUUUAUUAAAAGUCCCCUAAGUACGGGGAGUUCAGCCACAACUGUGGAGAAGGGGGGAGGGGUUUCUGUGAUCCCAAGAAGGACGGCUGAGGGCUCCCCGUGCACGCAGGGAGCCGGGAUCCGAUGUGCAACAGCAGGAGGUGUUAGCCUGAAAGACUGAGCGCCAGCGCCAUGCCAACCACCGGGCGGAGGCUGCAGGGCAGUGCAGGACAUGUGUGUGUGUUUAUGUGUGCACACACGUGAGUGCGUGUGAGCAUCAUGCAAGUGUGUGAUGUGUGUGUACAAAAGUGUGGGCAGUGGGCUAUGUGAAUGUGUGUGUGUGUGUGCCUGUGUGUGCAUGUAUAUGCAUGUGUGCCUGUGUGUGUGCGUGUGUGCAUGCGUGUGCAUGUGUGCACGUGUGUGUGCCUGUGUAGGGGAGGCGUGGGUGCACAGAAUCAGGGAUACUGUGUCCCUUCCCGGGACCCAGUGGACUAGCCGGAGAGGGGCCCAGACUGCACAGCGCUCCCUUCCUUCCAUAUGCAAAGCCCUUGCUGUCUUUCCUCCUCCCUCCUCUCCCUCUACUCUGGCUGUAAGUGCUUGGGGUUGGUCACACAGUCGCUCAACACCCCACUGUUGAGGAGGAUGAACUGCCCUUCCCCAGCCGUUGCUCCCCUCUAGCCUAGCCCCGCCCCUCAGGUGGCCUCCAUGGCAGCCCCUCCUGCUGUGCCUGCUCCAGUGUCCCCCCACCCCUCCCAGGCUGGGCACGCCUGAUUCUCUUCUCCCCCUGCAGGGAGCACAGCACACAGGUGGAGUGGUUCUGUGAUGACGUCAUAGAGACUGCUCUCUUGGUUCUUCCCAUCUUGGAUCAAAGCUGCCGGGUGGAGGCUCUGUCGUGGCCUGAAUCCUGUCCCCACGCACGGGUGGUCCCUACACUAUCCUCUCAUCCCCUCGGAAUUUAGAGACCAUUCAAUUAAGGAGGUCACGAGGGUGAGCCCUGAGCCAGUCUCACCUUUUUUUUUUUUUUUAAGAUUUAUUUAUUUAUUUGAAAAGCAGAACUACAGAGAGGCAGAGACAGAGAGAGAGAGAGAUAGAGAGAGAGAGAGAUAGAGAGAGAGAGCGAGAGUGAGCCAGGAGGUUCUUCUGGGUCUCCCAUAUAGGUGCAGGGGCCCAAGCACUUGGGCCAUCCUCUACUGCUUUCCCAGGCCAUAGCAGAGAGCUGGAUCAGAAGUAGGGCAGCCAGGACUCAACCAGUGCCCAUAUGGGAUGCGGUUGCCAUAGGUACCUGCUAUACCAUAGCGCCGGCCCCGAAUAUUUUUUUAAGAAUUUUUUAAAAAAAUUAUUUAUUUAUUUGAAAGUCAGAGUUACACAGAGAAGGAGAGGUAG